UUCUUCCGGAAUGACACACGUGUUUUGAAAAUCAAAACAAACAGAUCAGUUGAUGAUGUUUUAUUUUAUUGGAUUAGGUCUUGGUGAUGCAAAAGACAUAACAGUAAAAGGUUUAGAAAUUGUCAAAAAAUCCAAAAGGGUAUAUCUUGAAGCAUAUACUUCUAUUCUAACAGUUGGCAAGGAAAAAUUGGAAGAAUUCUAUGGAAGGGAAGUUAUAUUGGCUGACAGAGAUAUGGUUGAAACACAGUCAGAUGAAAUGUUUGAGGGAUCUGCCACAGAGGAUGUUUCCUUUCUAGUUGUAGGUGAUCCAUUUGGUGCCACAACCCAUACAGAUUUAGUACUGAGAGCAAAAGAGAAAGAACUGGAAUACAGAGUCAUACAUAAUGCCUCCAUAAUGAAUGCUGUUGGCUGUUGUGGUCUACAGUUGUAUAAUUUUGGUGAAACUGUAUCAAUUGUUUUCUGGACAGAUACAUGGAGACCUGAUAGCUUUUAUGAUAAAAUAAAAAGAAAUAGAGACUUAGGAAUGCAUACAUUAUGUUUAUUAGAUAUUAAAGUUAAAGAACAAAGUAUAGAAAAUUUAAUGAAAGGAAAGAAGAUUUUUGAACCACCAAGAUACAUGUCUGUGAAUACUGCAGCAGAACAGCUGGUAGAAAUCAUUCAACGGAAAAAAGAAGAAGGGGAAACAGAUUUAGCAUUUACAGAAAAUACCAUAUGUAUUGGACUUGCACGAAUUGGAUCAGAGACACAAACAAUUGUUGCUGCUACGUUUACAGACAUGAUGACAGUAGACAUUGGUGCUCCUCUUCAUUCUUUUGUUAUUCCUGGAGAAUUACAUCCAUUAGAAAAAGACAUGUUAAAACUGUUUGCCUAUAAUGAUGAUGUCAAGCAAUUAUUAAACUCCUGAAAAAUUC